GUAGGUUGGUUUAUACCGUUUCUAAUAGUUUUUCAAAAUUCGAAAGAGAGAGAAGCACGAGCGCGCCGCUCUCUGCAAUCUCUUACUUUUGUGUCUCUUAUAUAAUACAUGGAAGAGCCCAGAGUCUCUUCUGUUUGAAACUAUAAACUCAAAGACCCAGAAGCUCAGAUCUAAUCUCGCUUCUCCUAAAUUCUCAGAUUCAAAUUAUUGAUUAAUGGAUUCUCUUCCGGAUGCAAUUGUGCAAUACAUAUUGUCACAUAUGAGGAAUGCCAAGGAUGUGGCAGUUUGCAACUGUGUAUCAAAGCGGUGGAAGGACUCACUGCCUUAUAUCAAAAGCCUGUACUUUCCUCGUAACUCUUUUGAUAACCAUACAGGCUAUAAUCAUCCUGACAGCAUUGUGUGGAAGAUGGUAUCUUCAAUUGUCCAAUUAGAGGAGCUUGUUGUGUAUAGCCCUUUCUCAAGCACAGGGCUUGCCUCAUGGCUACUACAUGCAGGUUCAUCCCUCAAACAUCUUGAGCUUAGAAUGGAUAAUCUUGCUGAAUACCAGACUUGCGUUGAUAGCCCCUCAAAAUUGGAUUGCAUCAGUGCUGCAAAGAAUUUGGAGUCCUUGAAGCUUUGGGGAGUCCUAAUGAUAAAAUCACCCAUGUGGAAUGCCUUUCCUAAACUUCAAAGCCUUGAGAUUGUAGGUGCUAGAUUGGAAGACCCUGCAUUAUGUGCUGCUCUUCAGGCAUGUCCUAAUUUGAAAAACUUGUUGCUGCUUGGUUGUGAAGGGAUAAGAUCUGUUUCAAUUGAGCUGCCACAUUUGGAGCAGUGUAAGCUCGAUUUUUACGGUUUGGGAAACUGCUCACUUACAAUAACUUGCCCAAAAAUUGAAAUCCUGGAGAUACAAGGUUGUAGUUGGAUCAGGGUUCGAGAGACAAACUGCCUAAGGAAACUUUCAAUUUCUAAUAAUGCUGGGAGAGUCUACAUGGUAGAUUUUGGGAAACUUGCAGCAUUAGAGUUCUUGUCCGUUAGAGGAGUCCAGUGGUGUUGGGAUGCAAUAAGCAAGAUGCUUCAGUGGGCAAGUGAGGUGAAGCAUCUAUACAUGAAGAUUGAGUUUACGGGGGACUUUGAUGCCCUUCAGCCUUUUCCAGAGAUAGAUUUCGUUGAAUUUUUUAAUAGUCAUCCCAAGCUGCAAAAGUUUGAUAUCCAUGGGGCCAUGUUUGCUGCUCUCUGCCAAAGGAACAGCCUGAAAAAUGUGGAAUCUGGCUUCGUAAUCCCUUGUCUGGAAGAGGUAGUUGUCACAGUCAGAUCACCAUUAAAUGCUGAACAGAAAAUGAGCACCCUUGAGUCAUUGUUGAAAUAUGGGAAGAGCAUGAAGUCAAUGGUAAUAAGGAUACUUCAGAUGAAGAGCAACCAUAACAGUGCAGAUGAUUUCUUUGAUGAUAUUUGCAGGUUUCAAUGCAUGAACCGCAAGAUCGUUCGAAUAGAAUAAAGUUUGCAUUGUCACCCGCAGGCCACUCCCUUAUUUAUGUAGGGUCAAUACACAUUCUGUAACUGAUGACUGAUCAACAGUUUUGACCACUGAUUUGAUUUAAAACUUGGUCAUUCUUAAAUGAUUGGAUGGUUAACAAUGAAUUCAAAAUUUAACCUUCA